UGAACGUGAUCGUGAUGAUCCUUAUAACAAAGACCCUUGGAAUCUCCGGAAUCUUCCUAGAUUAACAGGUUCAUUGCUUCAUGACAUCACUCCAGCAAUUCCUGGGAUGAUGCUACCUUGGGUGUAUGUAGGAAUGAUUUUUUCAGCGUUUUGCUGGCACGUUGAAGAUCAUUAUACCUAUAGCAUAAAUUACAUGCAUUGGGGCGAAACAAAGACUUGGUAUGGAAUUUCGGCCUCACUUGCCUCAAAAUUUGAAGCAGCAGCGAAAAAACUCUUGCCAGAACUAUUUCAACACCAACCAGACCUAUUGACGCAAUUGACCACUAUUCUAAAUCCAGAAAAGUUGGUUCAAGAAGGAGUUGAAGUUUUUGCUAUUGAUCAACGGCCAAAUCAAUUCGUAAUAACUUUUCCACAGGCGUAUCAUGCAGGCUUUAAUCACGGGGCAAGUUUAACUGUCAACUUUGCAUUACCAGAUUGGAUUAAAUUUGGAUGUGAGUCAAUAAAAUUUUACAAGGAAAUAAAACGACAUCAAGUAUUUUCACAUGAACGGAUAAAUUCAUUAAACCUUUAUAAUGAAAAUUCAAGUACCCUUACAUGGUUUGGUUAUUCAAUUGUAAGAAAAAUUGUCUUUUUCUAUCAAAGGCUUAAAGAUCCGUUAACUGAAAUGUGCACAAAAGAACUGAAACUUCGAAUUGAAGUCAUUCAAAAAUUGUCCUUACCCGCGCCAAUACAUGAUAUUACCGAACCAAAAGAUUCUGAAAUGGUAUGCUCCUAUUGUAACGGGUUUAGUUAUUUUUCUGCAUUGAAAUUUAAAUGCACCGAUCAAAUUCUAUGCCUUGAACAUACGGAAUAUGCACCGGAAAUGUGUAAAUGUGGCGAAGAAGGCGAAAAUAAAUACUGUUAUUUCAUUCAAGUACGUAUCAGAGAUUUUCAUUUGAAAAGCUUAAUGGACACUUUGGAAUAUACGGUCUGCCAAGCACAACAGGAUAUUGAAUAUAUUGGUACAUAUCUUGAAGAAUCAACAACUUUAUCAGUCAAAGUAUUGGAGGAUAUAUAUACAAGAAUCAAGGAAUGUGGAUACGAUUUCGAAUUGAGUGAACUUAACCAUUUUAUUGAACAAUCACAAAGUUGGUUUCGACGAUUAAUUGAAUUAUGUUUUGAGGCUGCACGAAACAUCUGGCCCUCUACAUAUCGUAACAUGCCUAAAGAUGAUUUUGAUAUUGCUGAUUUUCUUUGUAAAUGGGAGAAGAGAACUAAAAGUUGUCUCUCCGCGACUGAUUUACCUCCCCUCAAUCAAAAACACUAUUGUUUUUGUCGAAGACCAGACAAUUUUAAGACGAUGAUAGAAUGCGAUAAAUGCCACGAAUGGUACCAUUGCGAGUGUUUUGGCAUGAGCGACGACGAAGCAAAUUCUUUGGAUACAUGGACAUGUUCUAUGUGUCAUUUUGAUAAAAACCAUCUUUCAAAAAAGAUACGAAAAAACAUGAACAAAUUUGAAAAACUUUCAAAGGCCACUAAAGUAUUUCCUUUUUCACCAAGACAUUCAGAACAAUUUAUCAAGAUAAUUCAAAUCAUCAAAUCACUUUUAGGACCUGAUCUAUUCCACAUUCGACGCGCGAUUGGUCUUGGUUUGGCCAUUCCUAUAGAUGGAAUAGAGACGACUGUCAUUGAUACGGAUGUAAUUAUGACGGAUAAUUAA